AUGGCGAGACUCAACAUCGAAAACAUCAACCAGCACAUCGUCGAGGCCAAGUACGCCGUGCGCGGUGAGCUGGCCGUCAAGUCCGAGGAGUACCGCGCAAAGCUCAAGAAGGGUGAGGGCAAAGACCUGCCCUUCUCCGAGGUCAUCAGCGCCAACAUCGGCAACCCCCAGCAGCUCGACCAGAAGCCCAUCACCUUCUUCCGCCAGGUGCUCAGUCUGCUCGAGAACCCGAAGCUGUUGGCGCACGAGGAUGUUUUGGUGAAAUCCCUGGACUACAAGGUCGAUGUGCUGGAGCGCGCCAGAUGGUUGUUAAGCAAUGUCGGCAGCGUGGGAGCUUACAGUGCCAGCGCCGGUGUUCCUGCCAUCAAGGGCAGCGUAGCCAAGUUCCUCGAGAGAAGAGAUGGUUUCAAGGCCGACCCUGCGCACAUCUACCUCUCGGCCGGUGCCUCGUCUGGUGUCAACACCCUCCUCCACAUCCUCUGCGCCGCUCCCAACUCCGGCAUACUCGUCCCCAUCCCGCAAUACCCGCUAUACACCGCCUCUCUCGCAGUCCUGAACGCCACUUGCGUGCCGUACUACCUCGACGAGGCCGCCAACUGGGGCACGUCGCUCGCCACCAUCAAGGAGGCCUACGAGAGCGCCAAGUCCGCCGGCACUGAUGUGCGUGCCAUCGUCAUCAUCAACCCGGGCAACCCGACGGGCGCCUCACUCUCCGCCGCCGACAUCAAGUCCGUGCUGGACUUCGCCGCCCAGGAGAAGCUCGUCGUCAUGGCCGACGAGGUGUACCAGACCAAUGUUUUCGUCGGCGAAUUCACCAGCUUCCGACAGGUGCUGCUGGAACAGCAGAAGGAGAAGCCGGGCAAGUACGACUCGGUCGAGCUCGCCUCGCUGCACUCCAUCUCCAAGGGCAUGGUCGGCGAGUGCGGACACCGCGGCGGCUACUUCGACCUUAUCGGCUUUAAGCCCGAGGUCGAGGAGCAGAUCUACAAGUUCGUCUCGAUUACGCUGUGCGCGCCCGUCAUCGGCCAGUGCCUCGUGGAGAUGAUGGUCAACCCACCCAAGAAGGGCGACCCGUCCUUCCCGCUGUACGAGCAGGAGUUCAGCGGCAUCUUCGAGGGCCUCAAGAAGCGCGCCUCGGCGCUGUAUGACGCCUUCAAGAAGAUGGAUGGCGUCGAGUGCGGCGAGCCACAGGGCUCCAUGUACCUGUUCCCGACCAUCCACGUGCCGGCCAAGGCGGCCGAGGCCGCGCAGAAAGAGGGCCGCUCCCCGGACGAGUUCUACUGCAUGCGCCUGCUCGAGGCCACCGGCGUCUGCGUCGUGCCCGGCAGCGGCUUUGGCCAGAAGGAGGGCAGCCUGCACUUCCGCACCACGUUCCUGGCGCCGGGAACCGAGUGGGUGGGCUCCAUUACGAAGUUCCACCAGGAAUUCAUGGACAACUACAGAUGA